AUGCUCUACUCGCAGCUACACUUUCCUGAGCUAGACUCAGGCGCUUGGCUGACGCUCAACAUUAUGAUUGGCGCUCCGGUGUACGCCAUCAUAGGUUUCUCGAUCGCAUAUUUCGCCUUAACACCUACACACAAAUGGGACGAACUCCGGGACUGGUUCACUUGGCGCGUUGAGUCCGAGAGCUUCCGCGGCGGUUUCGCCUUACUUGAGCUGCUUAUGUGGCCAGCGGUGCUGCUCGGUAUCGCUAUUUGGACGCUCUACAAAAAGCUUUGCCAUAGGCUUGAUUAUGACGACGCUACAUUAAUUGACCUCGAGUCACAAAAGGGAGAGACUGAUGAAGGCGAAUGGGAGACGGCGACGGUGUACGGCGGCCGUUGCGACAGGGCCGAAAACCUCUCUUGUCGCUCGUUCCAUAUGGCAGCGUUCACGUCACUUGAAAUAAGAAAUCCUCGUAGGACAUGCUGGUAA